AUGUCGGAUAUUAUGGAUCAGAAAGUGUUUGAUGGAGCAGUCGCAGACGAUGUUGCUCUCGAGCAGCUUGGAUAUCAACGAGAGCUCAAACGAACGUUCAACCUGAUUAGCAUGAUCGGAUUCUGCUUCUCGAUCGUCUCUAGCUGGACAGCAUUAUCCGGUGUGCUCAUCAUUGGAGCCGAAAGUGGUGGACCGCCAGUCAUGAUCUGGUCAUGGGUGGGUGUAUGUGUGUUCACCAUGGCUGUUGCUCUAUCGAUGGCCGAGAUGUGCUCAGCGUAUCCACUGGCAGGCGGUCAAUACUCGUGGACUGCCAUUCUGGCGCCGCGAAGCUGGUCCAAAGGAUUGUCGUAUGUCUGUGGAUGGUUCAUGUUGAUCGGCAUCAUUGCUAUGGGUGCUGUAGUCAACUUUAUCGCCUCAGGAUUCAUCCUCGCUAUGGCUGUGCUCAACAAUCCAGAGUACGAGAUCACGCGCUGGAAUUCGACUCUGGUCGCAUACGCAAUUGCCGUCGCCGCUCUCUCGUUGAACAUAUUUUGUCCACAGAUGCUACAUAAAAUGACCAACUUCUUCCUCAUCUGGAACAUGGGAUCUUUCUUCAUCAUCAUCAUCACCAUUCUCGCCACAAACGAUCACAAGCAAACUCCCAGCUUUGUUUUUUCAGAAUUCCAAAACUUCACUGGUUUCAACAAGCCAUAUGCUGCCAUCUUGGGUCUGUUGCAAUCGGCUUUCGGCAUGUGCUGCUAUGAUGCCCCAGCACACAUGACAGAAGAGAUCAACGAUGCCAGAAAAGUCGCUCCCAAGGCAAUUGUGCUCUCCGUAGGUCUUGGUGCGGUCACUGGAUUUGCGUUUUUGAUUGCAGCAUGUUUCUGCAUGGGGUCGAUUGAUGGCGUGGCUGAGAGUGCUACUGGCAGCCCGAUUGUUCAGAUUUUCUACGACUCUACGCAAUCUGUUGCUGGUGCUUCGUGUCUGACGUUCCUUAUGGUUAUGAUACAGUUCUUCUCGGCUAUAUCGCUGCUUGCUGAAGGUGGUCGUGCAGUUUAUGCGUUUGCUAGAGACCGUGGUCUACCCUUCUCCAACGUACUCAGCGAGGUUCAUUCGACCAAACAGGUGCCCAUCUACGGCAUCCUCUUGACCUUCGUCGUCCAAAUAGUUUUGAACUCGAUCUAUUUCGGCACAGUGACAGGCUUCAAUACCGUCGUUUCAAUCGCCACCGAAGGCUUUUAUGUCUCCUACGCCAUCCCUAUCCUCCUCCGCGUCAUCGCUCCCCUCACCUCAACAACUCCCCCUCGCUUCGAAGGCCCCUGGAACCUCGGACGCUGGAGUCUACCAAUCAACAUCAUGGCAUUAGUGUACUUGCUCUUCACAUCCAUCACCUUCAACUUUCCCACACUCAAACCAGUGGAUCCGGAAAAUAUGAACUAUACUUCUGCGGCUGUAGGGGUGGUUAUGUUGGUUGCGGCGAUCACUUGGUUUACGACGGCGAAAGGAAACUUUAGAACGCCCGGUGCGGGUGAGGAUGUGGUUAUACACAGUGCGCCACACACGGAGACAGAGCAGGACGCUCAGGUUGUGAGAGAUGAAAAGGUCCAGAAACAUGCGUGUUGA